AUGGACAUAAUGCCCUUGGCCGAGUCCAUGGACUGCGGCGACUUGCGCGGCAUCCUCGACACCAACCGCGCCGACAGCAGCCUUCACUGGAGCCACAAACUGCAAUGUGCCGUCCACAUUGCCCAUGGUGUGUCCCAUUUGCAUGCUCGGACCAUCGUCAACGCCAACCUGACUUCGUUCAACGUGUCGAGGGGCUCCACCCUCAACACGCGGACUGCCAGUGUCGGGUCGUUUCGGUGGGUCGCCCCGGAGGUCAUGCGUGGGGAUCAAGUCGCUCCUGCCGCGGACGUGUACUGGGUGAGCGUGAUUCUCGCCGAGCUCGACACGAAUGCAUCCCGUUUGCGAGUGUAUUUGCAGGGGGACGGCUGUGGAAGGCCUCCCAAGAGUCGUGACCGCAAGACGACUACGGGAUGA